AUGGCCAGCAAACUUAGCCCCAGCACCAUGACUGGGACCCCAGAUGCACCCGCAUUGUCGGAGCGUAUCCAAAACCCUGCAGACAUCUCUGUGAUUGUCAUCUAUUUUGUGGCAGUAAUGGCUGUCGGGCUGUGGGCAAUGCUGAGAACCAACCGGGGCUCCGUGGGAGGCUUCUUCCUGGCUGGCCGAGAUAUAGCCUGGUGGCCGAUGGGAGCCUCUCUCUUCGCUAGUAACAUCGGCAGUGGCCACUUCGUGGGGCUGGCUGGGACUGGAGCAUCUUCGGGAAUCGCCACUGUGACAUUUGAAUGGCAUUCUUCAGUGCUGUUGCUGGUUCUAGGGUGGGUCUUUGUCCCCAUCUAUAUCAAGGCAGGGGUGAUGACCAUGCCGGAAUAUCUCAAGAAAAGGUUUGGUGGGAAGCGACUCCAGGUCUACCUUUCUGUCCUCUCCCUCUUCAUCUGUGUGGCUUUGAGAAUCUCGUCAGACAUAUUUUCUGGAGCCAUCUUCAUCAAGGUGGCCUUGGGAUUGGACCUUUACCUGGCUAUCUUCAUCCUCUUGGCUAUUACUGCUGUUUACACCAUUACUGGGGGCUUGGCCUCAGUGAUUUAUACAGACACCCUCCAGACCUUCAUUAUGUUGAUUGGAUCUUUUAUUCUCAUGGGAUUUGCAUUUGCCGAAAUUGGAGGUUACGAGAGUUUUGCAGAGAAGUACAUGAAUGCCAUCCCAUCCAUAGUUGAGGGGGACAACCUGACAAUCAAUGCCAGAUGCUACACUCCUCAGGCGGACUCCUUCCACUUAUUCCGAGAUCCCAUCACUGGGGACAUUCCAUGGCCGGGAAUGAUACUUGGAAUAUUCAUUACAUCCUUGUGGUACUGGUGCACGGAUCAGGUUAUCGUGCAGCGCUGCCUGUGCGGCAAGGACAUGUCCCAUGUGAAGGCUGCCUGCAUCAUGUGUGGGUACCUGAAGCUGCUGCCCAUGUUCCUCAUGGUGAUGCCAGGGAUGAUCAGCCGCAUUCUGUACACAGAUAAGGUGGCCUGUGUGGUGCCUUCUGAAUGUGUGAAGCAAUGUGGCACUGAAGUUGGCUGUACCAACUAUGCCUAUCCAACACUGGUGCUGGAACUGAUGCCUGCAGGACUGCGAGGCCUGAUGCUGUCUGUCAUGCUGGCCUCUCUCAUGAGCUCCCUGACCUCCAUCUUCAAUAGCGCCAGCGCCCUCUUUACCAUAGACAUCUACACCAAGGUGCGGAAGCAGGCAUCAGAGAGAGAGCUCCUGAUAGCUGGAAGGAUAUUUGUCUUUCUAUUAACUGUGAUCAGCAUCCUGUGGGUCCCUCUAGUAGAGGUAUCUCAAAGUGGACAACUGAUCCAUUACACAGAAUCGAUUUCUAGCUACCUUGGGCCUCCCAUUGCAGCUGUCUUCAUGCUCGCCAUCUUCUGUAGAAGAGUCAAUGAACAGGGAGCAUUCUGGGGUCUAAUCAUUGGACUUGUGAUGGGCCUCAUUCGAAUGAUUGCAGAGUUCGCCUUUGGAACAGGAAGCUGCCUGGCUGCCAGUGACUGUCCCAAGAUUAUCUGUGGAGUGCACUAUCUGUACUUUGCCAUCAUUCUCUUCUGUGGCACCACACUAGCCGUCCUGGGAAUUUCCCUCUUAACAAAACCCAUUCCUGAAGUCCAUCUGUAUCGCCUGUGCUGGGCUCUUCGGGACAGUACAGAGGAACGAAUCGAUUUAGAUGCAGAUGAGAAAAAGCAGGAGGAAACUGAGGAUGGUGCUGAAGAAGAUUAUUCUGAACAAUCUCGUGGAUGUCUCAGGAAGACUUGGGACUUAUUCUGCGGUUUGCAGGAGACGGGACCCAAGCUGACCAAGGAGGAGGAAGAGGCCCUUAGGAAGAAGCUGACCGACACGUCUGAGAGGCCCUUCUGGAGGACUGUGGUAAACAUCAACGCCAUCCUCCUCCUGGCUGUGGUUGUCUUUGUUUACGCCUAUUUUGCCUGAACUCUUUGAGGCACUAGAAUAAUUAAGAAUUAUUAACAAUGAAGCAAAAAGUAAUAUUAUUAAUUUUCAGUUUACAUUUUGUAGUGUUGCAAAAGGGGGAGAUGAGCAACCAGUGCUAUUAUCUAGUGAA